UGUUAGGUAACCUGCUCAGUGCUGCCACUUUGUGGUUAAAGCCACUGUGGAGGGAGCAGCUUCUAGUCGCAGGCAACCAGCUUCCUCCUGAUAGAUAACUGGAGAUCACGAUUUCAUUUAGUAAGUCACACAGAGAUGGAGAAACACAGCGCUAACUGGACCCUUCUCCUGGUGCUGUGUGGCCUCCUGCCACUGAACACUGAGGCUGGCAGGCAGAUGCCAAAACUCUCGGACAAGAAGCUAUGCGCCGAUUCAGAGUGUAGCCACCCCAUUCUCAUCGCUAGAGCUCUGCAGGAUUAUUACCCACAAGACUGUCGCUUCAUUCACAUCCACCAAGGCCAGUCUGUCUAUGUGUAUGCCAUGCUGAAAGACCGUGGGAACCUCUUUUGGGCUGGCAGUGUUCAAGGGUCAUAUUAUGGAGACCAGGAAGCUCGUCUGGGAUAUUUCCCCAGCAGUGUUGUUGAAGAGACACAUGCCUUAAUGCCUGCUGAGGUUGAGGUCAAGACCGAUGUGUGUAUCUCAAUCUUUUCUUUAUGAUAAACAAACUGAUGCACUGACAAAUGCAUGUAAUAGAAAAUGGACGUUUAAGAUUAAUUAUAUUCUCUUU